AUGGGUGCUACGGCGGCAAACGAACCGAAAUCGGAAAUCUCCAAUUAUGUCAAGUUGAACAUCGGCGGGUCGUUGUUCUACACGACUGUGACGACGCUCUCGAAACUUGACUCGAAGCUACGCGAUAUGGUUCUGUCGGAAGCUGCCCAAAAUGCUGAAACGUUGGAAUCCGAAGGAUGGGUGUUUAUCGAUCGUUGUGGCAAACACUUCGGCACCAUACUCAACUUCCUGCGAGACGGGACCGUACCGUUGCCCGAAACGUGCGUGGAGAUAUCCGAGAUACUGGCCGAAACCAAGUAUUACGGCGUUACGGAGUUGCACGAGGCAUGUGAGCAGGCGUUGCAGAAGAAAAGAAACCGCAACACAAACAUAACGUGGGUCACAUUGAUAACGUCCCAGAACGAAGCCCAGAAAUUGAUAUCCGUAUCGUCAAAGCCGGUGGUGAAGUUUGCGAUUAACCGUCACAACAACAAAUAUUCGUAUACAGGGGCAUCAGACGAUAAUCUGUUAAAAAACAUUGAGCUGUUCGAUAAACUGGCGGAAAAGCAUAAAGAGCGCGGUCUGUUCAUUAAAGACGUCAUUGGAUCAAAUGAAAUCUGCUGUUGGACGUUUUAUGGUCCCGGGGGAGCAGUAAAAAAAGUUGCUGAAGUGUGUUGCACUUCGAUAGUGUACGCUACAGACAAAAAACACACAAAGGUCGAUUUUCCAGAGACACGUAUACUUGAAGAAACCAUGAAUGUCAUGUUGUUGGACACACGGAUCAACAAGUCUGUACAGGAACACGAACUAAUAGAGGCCACAUCAAGUUCAAAUAGCAAUUGUCGUUGCUCUUGUUCAAGUCAAUGGUCAGAUUUACAGUGGGAGAACAGUACGACCAGCACAUUAUAA